AUGUUCCAACCUCGUCUUCUAGCGCCCCUCCGGGCUCUAGAAAGGGGACUCACCAGAACCCCCACCGCCGCUACCACCAGCAUCCGCAACACCUCCUCGCUCCUCCGCAACACCUCCUCCAUCCUCUCCGCAACCAGCAUAACACAAACCAAGCUCACCCCGCUAGCAUCUCCAACAUUACACCAAUUCCUCCAAGUCCGACACGCCUCCCACGCCUCUCAAGGUACCGCGAACCGUCACUCCCGCGAUCCGGCUGGCAAGCGUCUCGGCGCGAAACGCACAGCAGGCGAAUACGUCGUGCCGGGAUGCAUCAUCUUCCGGCAACGAGGCACGAAAUGGUUCCCUGGCGAGAACUGCGCCAUGGGCCGCGACCAUACCAUCUACGCUGCUGAGGCUGGGUAUGUACGGUACUACCUGGACCCUGAGCGCCAUCCGGAUCGGAAGUACAUUGGAGUUGUGUUUGAGAAGGAGGGCAAGUUGCCGACACCGAAGAAUGCGCCUACUAGGCGGAAGUUGAACCGCGUGGCGGUUCGGUUUGAGCCUGAGGAGGAGUUGGCCGCCAAGCAGGGCGAUUUGGUGGCUAAGAUUGGAGAGGAAGGGACGCAGGUUGGCAGUGCUACUAAGGUUGAGGCUGCUCAGGCUGCGGUUCAGUUGCGUCCGGGUUAUAUGUACCGUGAGGCUAACUGGAGUAUUGGUCGGGCUGCGGAGAAGGCUGGUAUUACGGCCAAGCCGUAUAACCGCAAGAACCGUUGGUUGGCAUGGAGAAAGAGGACGGCUAAGGCUGAACGGAUGGCACAGAUGAAGAGCUUGAAGAACAAGAAGAAGGGCGCUAAGAAGAAGGGUGGAAAAUAG